AUGAGUGGCAAAACCAGUUCUCGCGGCCAACAAGAUGAGAUAUCCGGCGAAAAACAUGAACCGACACCAACAAAAGAAAUCAAACGAAGAAGAAAAGAGUUUGAGAAGAUCCAUAUACCUAACGAAAUCGUCGAAGAAAUCUUGGUGAGGCUGCCGGUGAAAUCGCUCACGAGAUUUCAAACUGUGUCAAAACACUGGAGAACUCUGAUCACGUCGAAGUAUUUCGGAAAAAGACACAUGGCUCUUGAGAAAAGCAAAGGAUGCAAACUCCUUUUUGUUUGUGAUGAUUUUGUAGAUCGUGCAGAGGACACUCUGUUUUUAAAAACAGUUGCCUUGGAGAAGACGUCAGUUUCUGAGGGAGAUGAACAAGCUUUCGAAUUCGAAGGAUAUAAGGGGUUUCUCGAUAUUUCCGAGAGCUGUGAUGGCCUUGUCUGCUUCUACGACACUACAAGAGCAGUGGAAGUAAUGAAUCCGGCCACAACAAUGUUCAUAGAACUCCCUCUAUCGAGAAUCCAACAGCUUUGUAUAUACAAGCCAAACCCGGAGGUGGAGCUGGAGCCAGUUCAAGAUCCAAAUCCUGUUCUAGACCCAGUCAUGACAUGUUCUCAGAUUGGAGUUGGGAAAGACAGCGUUAGUGGAAGUUAUAAACUAGUAUGGAUGUAUAAUACUUCUCCUGCUACUCCUCCUACGUGCGAGGUUUUGGAUUUAGAUGGAAAAAAAUGGAGGUUCGUGAAUACUACUUCUCUUGAUCAUCAUCAGAUCUUGUGCGAUCAGAGGCCGGUGUUUGCAAACGGAUCACUCUACUGGCUCACGGGAGAUGAGGAAGGAUAUGCAACAACACAAACCAAACUCAUAGUUUUAGAUUUACACACAGAGAUGUUUCAAGUCAUCCAAACACCGCCUUUUAUUACCCGUGAUGCCUCUGGUGACAAGAUUGGUUUAUGCAAUCUUGAUGGUCGUCUCUGUAUUUCAGAGUUGAAGAAAGAUUGCAAGCAAGAGUUUUGA